AUGUUUCGUCUAUGUGGUCUGCUUUCCAAGUGCCAUUAUUUCAGGCGACCUGUUUCACCCGUGCGGCAAUUUGCUCAGUCAAAUGUCCAACUGCUCGAUUCAAACGUCAAACUCGAAGAAGAAACGCUUCCAUGGUACACACAGGAUCGCUCUUAUCCCGUAAAAAUCGGCGAAGUGUUUCAAGCUAGGUAUCAAGUACUUGGGAAACUAGGGUUUGGGGGCUACUCGACGGUGUGGCUUUGCAGGGAUCUCACACAUCACAAGUACGUCACAUUGAAAGUGUUCGAACGUGAUUCAGCCGAGGGUAAAAGAGAAGUCGAGGCCUAUUACCGCAUUCACGCUUCUAAAGCAUCCCAUGACGGUGCCAAGUUUGUUCGUAAGGCGCUGGAUAGCUUCCAGAUUGGCCAUGCAGAAGGUAUCUAUCAGUGCCUUGUACAUCAGCCUCUUGGGAUGAGCCUAUAUGACCUCCGAACCCAAUUCACGGCCAAAAUACUACCCGAAAAAUUACUCAAAAUGACGUUGGUGCAUAUCCUACUUGCCCUUGAUUACCUACACGCAGAAGCUGGCAUCAUCCAUACUGACAUACAAGAAAAAAACAUUAUGCUCGGCAUUGAAGACAUUUCAGUCUUAGUUGAUUUUGAGGAGGCCGAGAAAUCUAGUCCAAGUCCCCGGAAGAUUGCUGGGGAUCGACUGAUCUAUGCCUCUCGUAAACUCAAAAAGACAAAGCAGCAUGGCCAGCCCAUUCUAUGUGACUUCGGCCAAGCCCGUUUUGGGUCGAUUCGUUACUGUGGUGAUAUCCAGCCAUAUAUAUACCGAGCCCCUGAAGUGUUACUGCACAUGUCUUGGGAUCACAAGGUUGAUAUUUGGAACAUCGGGUUGGUGGCCUGGGACCUUUCCCAAACAAAGCAUCUCUUUUACGCUCGAGACUCAAAAAAGCAAAACUCGGAUGCUAAUCAUAUCGCUGAGAUGGUUGCACUUCUCGGACCACCGCCACGAGAGAUGAUAAAUGGCAGCGGUUAUGCUAAAGACUUUUUUGAUCUUGAAGGUACUUUACCCGAAUACAAGCUUACGCUUUCCCGCCACUAA